AGAGUCGCAAACUUCUCCUUCAUCUUCCGGGCGGAUCAGGGCAGGGAGGAAAGGAAAGGAAAGGAGUAAUUAUGUAGAGGUGCGGUCAGGAUACUGGUGGUUAAACGCAACCAGAGCCCGCGCGGACAGCGGACUGAUCUACUUUCACCAACAGGGUCUGUGUAUUGAUGCACCAUCCAUAGUCCAUAAGGUCGAGCCAGUUCACCUGAGCUGACCCUUCUUGGUUAACAACACAAUGCCGGAGGCUCCAGAUAUGAUCAACCUGGGAUUUCUGUCCGAUUCGGAAAGGGAGCUAAUCCUGGAAGUGCUACGACGGGAUGAGGAGCUGAGGAGGGUGGAAGAGCAGCGAGUAAAGAAGCUAAAGGCAGAGUUGUCAGAAGUCAGACGGAAAGGGGCAAAGCGUGGCAGUGGAAAGUACAGUGAGCGAAGCUGUGGCCGAUGCCUGGAGCCUCUGAGUCGUCUAACCAUUUUUCCCAACCAGUGUAAAAUAUGCAAGCACUAUGUGUGCAAAAACUGCCAGACCUCCCUGCCCAGUGGAUCCUGGCUCUGCAGUGUGUGUGCCAAAGAAACAGAGGUAAAGAAAAGGGCGGGUGAUUGGUUCUACAAUCAGAGAGUGAAUCGAUUCUCUAUGAAUCCUGGACACAAUCUUGUGAGAUUCUCCCUGAAAAAGAGACCAGCAGUUCAGGAGCGUGAAACGGUAGGAGAAAAGCUCCUGAAGUGUUCUGAAGUGUCAGUCCCUCCCAAACCAGUGCCACUGCCCAGACAGAGGAAUCAGCCUAUUAGCACAGAUCGGUCAGGUGAUAAUUCAGGAUCUAUUGCAUCAAGGAAAUCUGUUGAACCAAAGGAUAAUGUUUCUACAAAGCCCUCCCACAGUGACACAGAGUCUGCAGAAAACAUCAGUAUCAUUAGCAGUAAAACUGAGACUGAAUCUGGCCGAGCCACGCCUGAGCAACCCAGAGCUCACAGCUCCGUUCCCUCCAGCCCAGCAGCUUCUAGUGCCUCCAGUCUCACUGUCCCAGUCAAAGCAGUUGUUCACACUGAAAGCGGCAGCUCAAGCACCACCUCUGCUGCAGUCGUGACACCCUUCGAUACAAGCUUAGAGUUGGAAGCUGAAAGACUCUUCAAGAAAAGCGUCAGACUACCCCCAAAACCUGCAGCGUGCUUAUCAACACUUGACUUGCGUGAUGGAUAUGCUGAAUCAUCGGCCUCAAUGGGCAAGCGAAGCCGCUCAGUACCAGGAUUAGAUGCACAAGACGAUGAAGAGGAGGAUGAAGAUAUUGAUCGUAUUGUUAGCUUUCAUAAACAGUCCAUGGCUACGAGAACUUCAAGUCUGCAGAGUUCACAGAGCAUGAUGAGUAUUUACAGUGAAUCCGGAGACUUUGACAGGGUGGAGGUGAGCGGUGACAUCGUUUUCUCUGUGAAAUACGAUGAUCACACUCAGAACCUUCAUGUGUUCAUCAAGCAGUGCCAUGGUCUGGCCUACGGCGACACGACACAGCGGCUUUCCAACCCUUAUGUGAAAUGUUACCUGCUCCCUGACAAAUCACGCCAGAGCAAGAGAAAAACCAGCAUCAAGAAGAACAACCUUAACCCAGUCUACAGUGAAACUAUAAAGUACUCCAUCAGCCGUUCUCAGCUGGUCACCCGCUCCUUGCUGAUAUCUGUCUGGCAUCAUGGUCGCCUCAGCCGUAACGCCUUUCUGGGAGAGGUGGAGGUCCCUCUGGACUGCAGAGACCUGGACUCGGGACGUGAGGAACAGAUGGCUCUAAUGGGAAAGACGGGCUCUUCCAUACAAGCUUCAGCCUUUGCUCAGUCCAGGGGAGAGCUGGUGAUCUCACUAAAAUAUGUCAUGCCUAAAAAGACAACGCCAGAGAAAGUCAAGGGGAAAAAAGCUGCUCCUCAGGAAGGUGGAGAGUUGCAUGUCUUAAUUAAAGAAGCAAAGAACUUGAUGGCUAUGAAACCAGGAGGCAUGUCGGACAGCUUUGUCAAAGGGUACUUGUUCCCAGCUAAAGCAAAGAACUUAAAGAGGAAGACUGCCAUAGUGAAGAAGAACUUGAACCCCCAAUAUAACCACACGUUUGUUUAUAAAGAGCUGAGCCUGGAGCAGCUGAGAGGGAUGUGCCUGGAGCUCACUGUAUGGGACAGAGAGGCCAUGCUGAGCAAUGAGUUCCUGGGAGGAGUCCGCCUUAGCUCAGGAAAAGGCGCUGUGAAAAUAGGAAAAGAGGAAGUGGAACUGGAGUCUGUUGGAGAGGAGAUCAACAUGUGGCAGAAGAUGAUGCAGUACCCAGACUCAUGGGCAGAGGGCACUCUUCCACUGCGUUCCACAAUGGGGAAAACCAAGAAUAAAUAAAUAAAUGAGGGCAGAACUGAGAUACUGAAACUAUGCAAUAUGAUGAGAAUUUCUGGCCUCUGAGACAAAUCUAUGGAUUCAUUUUCUAAGCCAAACUUAUGACCAGAACCUCGUCUGUAUCAUUAGAUAGUUGCAGUUUUAAUCGAUCGCUCAUCGAUUAAAAGUGGUUAAAGGUUAGCUCACUGACUCCUAACUGGAUGUUACUGUUAAAAAAAUGUACCAAAGCGUCACACUAAGUCACUUUUCAAUCUCAGACUAUAUUUUAUAACCAUUUGAAAUGAGACACGGAAGUGUUUCCAUUUUUUUCCCACUUU